AUGCGCCACUCAAACCUUACUGUACUGUUCUUCGGACUUGCAGCCCUUGUCAUGAUGCUCAACGCUCAAUACACUUCUGAGCUCGAAGAGCAAGACGAGAAACGUGGUGGAGCUCGUGCGAUGCUUCACAAGCGUGGAGGAGCCAGAGCAUUCUCAGCCGACGUUGGAUACGACUUUAAACGUGGCGGAGGACGUGCAUUCUACGAUGAGAAGAGAGGUGGAGCUCGUGCAUUUUUGACUGAGAUGAAACGUGGCGGAGCAAGAGCAUCCCAAGGGUUUGAUGAGGAGAAGCGCGGAGGAGCUCGUGCGUUUUUGAUGGAUAAGAGAGGUGGAGGACGCGCAUUCGGAGAUAUGAUGAAGCGUGGAGGAGCUCGGGCAUUCUUGGAGAACAAGAGGGAUGAGGAUUGGGUUAUUCAGCCAUUCGCUGGAGAAGACGAUCGUCUUGGUGUGUUCUAG